AUGGACUCUACGUCAAAACCCGUCACAACAUUGAACGGUGCGAUUAUUCGUGAAUCUACUGCUCCAGCCCAAGAAACCGACAUGCAUCACUUGGCUUCUGUCGCGAUAUCUGCGUCGACUUCUAAGCCAUGUGUCCGUGUGGGUGUGCCUGUGCAGUCACCAAUGUCUAGGUUGCAGGAGGAGCCUCCUUUCUUUCGGCAAGUACAACCAGUUGAAGGUGGUCUUCGAUCGCCAAACCUUAUCCGUGACGACAACUUCCUAAACCAUGAUAACUCCGAAAAUUUUGUACAAGCAGAUACUGAGACAAGUUACAUGUCUCAACUGCGUAGUCUGGCUAAAAUUCCAGCCUCGAGAUUGGGUAAAGGUGGUACCGGAGUUGCUGACGGCGACGGUCAAACUUCUGUUUUCCCACCAGCUUUUACUGUUGUGCUUGGCGGCAUACCACCAAAUCUCGCCCAUAGACUAUUUAGUUCACCCAACUCAACACGUAUCUUUUCUCAGCCUACAACUGCACUACCUGCGACUCCAUCGGCAGCUGCUGUCAUUGCUGCCCCACCGAGUCCCAACAAAAACGGUUCCCUUUUUCUUCCUGCGAAUAACGUCACGGUCGGGAAUCUCCCUAAGCCCACCACCAACCCUCAAUCUUCUGUGAUUUUACCAGUGUCCUCUACCUCGCAUAUUGUGUCCGUAGUUGCCGAUGGAGUUGCCUUACCCGAAGUGGACGAAUCUUCCUCUGCCGUUGCAGAACUAACAUCCGAGGAAACCACUGUGAAUAUGGAACAAAAUGAACCCUUUGAAGAAAUCAACGAUUCUAUCCACAUCUCGACAGCCUAG